AUGCCAAGGGUUAGUGCUGACACCUUUAAACGAUUACAAAAUGAUCCUUCAUGUAUUAGAAAUAUAUGUAUAGUGGCUCAUGUAGACCAUGGUAAAACAUCAUUAUCCGAUUCAUUGUUAGCAUCUAAUGGUAUUAUCUCGCAAAGAUUAGCAGGUAAAGUUCGUUUUUUGGAUUCAAGACCUGAUGAACAAUUACGUGGUAUUACAAUGGAAUCUUCUGCUAUUUCAUUAUACUUUAGAGUUUUACAUAAACAAGAAAAUUCUGAUGAGCCUCUUGUAGAUGAACAUUUAAUCAAUUUAAUUGAUUCUCCUGGCCAUAUUGAUUUUUCUAGUGAAGUCAGUGCAGCUUCAAGAUUAUGUGAUGGUGCUGUAGUUUUGGUGGACGUAGUUGAAGGUGUUUGUUCUCAAACUGUUACUGUCUUGCGUCAAUGUUGGACUGAAAAACUGAAACCAAUUUUAGUUUUAAAUAAAAUUGAUAGGCUAAUUACUGAAUUAAAACUAACUCCUCAAGAAGCCUAUAUACAUAUGAGUAAAAUCAUCGAGCAAGUUAACUCAGUUAUUGGAUCCUUUUUUGCAGGUCAGAGACAACUAGAUGAUUACUCUUGGAGAGAACAAUUGAAAGAAAAUGAAUAUGCUGAGUUUAUCGAAAAGGAUGAUUCCGAUAUUUACUUUGAUCCUUCAAAGAAUAACGUUAUUUUUGCAUCUGCCAUCGAUGGUUGGGGUUUUAAUAUUGGCCAAAUGGCAAAAUUCUAUGAAUCAAAACUUGGAGCUAAUAGAUCAAAUUUACAAAAAGUUCUUUGGGGUGAUUUCUAUAUGGAUCCUAAAACAAAGAAAAUUAUCAAUGGUAAAGGAUUAAAAGGUAGAUCAUUGAAGCCAUUGUUUGUUUCGCUGGUUUUAGAUAGUAUUUGGAAAAUUUACGAAAAUAUUGUUAUAGAAAGAAAUACUGAGAUGAUUGAAAAAAUUACUAAUACAUUAGGUUUAAAGAUAUUACCUCGUGAUUUAAGAUCGAAAGAUGAUAAACAACUUUUAAAAACUGUCCUUGGACAGUGGCUACCUGUGAGCACAGCUGUUUUAAUUACUGUCAUUGAAAAAUUACCAUCUCCUUUAGGAUCUCAAGCCGAGAGAUUGGAUACAAUAUUGGGGUCAACGGUAGAAUCGUCAGAAGCAGAGCCUGAGCUUCUGGAAGCAAUGAAAAACUGUGAUAGAAAUGGCCCUGUUUCUGCUUAUGUAUCUAAAAUCUUAUCCAUUCCAAGGGAAGAAUUACCUCUCAAAAGUUCAGCAGAACUUUCAGCAAAUGAAAUAAUGGAAAAAAGUAGAAAAGCUCGUGAAGCUGCAUUAAAAGCGGCACAACAGGCAGAAUUAAUGGAAAAUAUGUCAAAACUUAAUAUCGAAGGUAAUCAAAAUGGAUCCGAAGAUGAUAGUUUAUAUACAAGGGCUAAAGACACUGUAAUAACUCCUGAAGUGGAUUUGUCAGGUAAAAAACCCUCAGGAAAAACUGCAAAAGAUUCCUUUCAAAUUGUUACUGAAGCAGCUGCACCAUUUGAUUUAGAGUUUGAAUACGAGGAACCUGAAGACGAAGAAGAUGAAGAUGGUAUUGUCCCAGAAUUUGUUCCAACAGAUAUUGAUCCUAAUGAUCCGUUAGCAUCUAUGUUUGAAUAUGAAGAGGAGGAUCCGUUUGCUUCAAAUGAUACCGAUGCUAAUAUGAUGGAGGAAGAAGAAGAAGAAGAAGAAGAAGAAGAAGAAGAAGAAGAAGAAGAAGAAGAAGAAGAAGAAGAAGAAGAUAUAUUUGAUGAAACAGAGGAGGUUUUGAUUGGGUUUACAAGAAUAUACAGUGGUACCAUUAACGUUGGACAAACAAUAUCUGUAUUAGGUCCAAAAUACAACCCAUCGAAACCUAACGAACAUAUUCAAUCGGCGGUGAUUUCUGACCUUUACUUAUUUAUGGGAAAAGAAUUAGUCCCAUUAGAAAGUUGUCCUGCAGGUAAUAUUGUUGGUAUUGGUGGUCUAGCAGGUAAGAUUUUAAAGAACGGUACUUUGGUCCAACCUGGUAUCCAAGGUGCUAAUCUAGCAAGUGUUCAUUUCCAAGCCCAACCAAUUGUACGUGUUGCGAUUGAACCAACCAAUCCAAUGCAAAUGAAUAAGUUAGUAAGAGGUUUAAAAUUAUUAGAACAAGCAGACCCAUGUGUUCAAACAUAUGUUGAAAAUAAUGGUGAACAUAUUUUAUGUACAGCAGGUGAAUUGCACUUGGAAAGAUGUAUUAAAGAUUUGAAGGAAAGGUUUGCCGGUAUUGAUGUGACAUGUUCAGAACCAGCAAUUCCAUAUAGGGAAACAUUUUUAUCAAAUAGUGAUAUGAACCCAAUGAAGAAUCCUAUAUUGGGUAGAGGUGUAACUGAAUACUUAUUGGGAAAAUACAAACUUAGAAUAAGAACUUUACCAAUGCUAGAUUCCAUUACUGCCUUUUUAGAUGGUCAUAGUGAUGAAAUCAAAUCAUUUUUAAAAGGUAGUAAAGAUAUCUCUGAUGAUUUACUACUAUCCAAGGAACAAUUUAUGGACAAAUUGAAGGAAGAACUCAAUAAGGAUGAGAAAAAUAAGGAUAUUUGGGAUGCUUUUGGUGAAAAAUUAGUAAUGUUCGGUCCUGAUAGAAUUGGUUGUAAUAUAUUAUUAUCUAAUGAUAACCUAUUGAAUGGUGAAUUCAGUUCAAAACAUGGAACUUUUGACUUCUCUGAUUCUAUUAUUAAUGGUUUUCAAUUAGCGGUUAAGGAAGGUCCAUUGGCUAAAGAGCCAGUACAAGGAAUGUGCAUCAUUAUUGAAGAUAUUCAUGAAAUGACUGAAAUCGAAAUGAAUAAUAUCAACGAUUCUACUUACCAGAGAGAUAUCUUAGAUCUAUCCGGUAGAUUAAUUACAACCACAAGAGAUUUCAUUCACGAAUCAUUUUUAGAUUGGUCUCCUAGAAUGAUGUGGGCGAUGUAUUCAUGUGAUAUCCAAACAUCGGUAGACGUUUUAGGUAAAGUGUAUGCUGUUGUACAACAAAGAAGAGGUAGAAUUGUAUCAGAGGAACUAAAAGAAGGUACACCAUUUUUCCAGAUCGAGGCUCAUAUUCCAGUUGUUACAGCUUUUGGUUUCAGUGAGGAUAUACGUAAGAAAACAUCCGGUUCAGCUCAACCCCAAUUGGUAUUUGCGGGCUUUGAAUGCAUUGAUCUAGAUCCAUUCUGGGUUCCAACAACGGAAGAAGAAUUGGAAGAAUUAGGUGACACUGCUGAUAAAGAGAAUAUUGCUCGUAAGCAUAUGAACAUGGUCAGGAAACGUAAGGGUUUGUUCGUCGAUGAAAAGGUUAUUGAAAACGCCGAGAAGCAACGUACUUUAAAGCGUAACUGA